AGCGACUUCUCUAGUAACACCGGGCCGGAGUGAGUGUCAAUAGUAUAGCGGUAUAUGUGUGUCGUUUCUGGGUUGUCCAAAAAUGCCGAGUCAAGAGGUUGUAACGACGAAAGUUGUGGUCCACCCGCUGGUGCUAUUGAGUGUGGUGGACCACUUUAAUCGCAUGGGAAAAAUCGGAAAUCAAAAGAGAGUAGUCGGAGUGCUCCUGGGCUGCUGGAGGGCCAAGGGAAUCCUGGACGUGUCGAACAGCUUUGCAGUACCCUUUGAUGAGGAUGACAAGGACAAAAGUGUAUGGUUCCUUGAUCAUGAUUAUCUUGAAAAUAUGUAUGGAAUGUUCAAGAAAGUUAACGCUCGCGAGAAGGUAGUAGGCUGGUACCACACUGGACCUAAGCUGCAUCAAAACGACGUUGCCAUCAACGAACUAAUAAGAAGAUAUUGUCCUAAUUCAGUUUUGGUGAUUAUCGAUGCCAAACCAAAAGAUCUUGGGCUUCCUACCGAGGCGUAUCAAGCUGUAGAAGAAGUACACGAUGAUGGUUCUCCUACUUCCAAAACUUUCGAGCAUAUUCCAAGUGAAAUUGGAGCUGAAGAAGCGGAAGAGGUUGGAGUAGAACAUUUAUUGCGGGAUAUCAAAGAUACUACAGUUGGUACCCUCAGUCAAAGAAUUACGAAUCAACUACUUGGUUUGAAAGGUCUUCACGAACAAAUCCGAGAAAUUAGAGAUUAUUUGCUUCAGGUUGGCAAUGGGAAAUUACCUAUAAAUCAUCAAAUUGUUUAUCAGCUGCAGGAUAUCUUUAAUUUAUUACCGGAUAUGACUCAAAGUAGUUUUGUCGAUUCAUUAUAUGUAAAGACAAACGAUCAGAUGCUGGUUGUAUAUCUAGCAGCAUUGGUUAGGUCUAUAGUGGCGUUGCACAAUUUAAUUAACAACAAGCUAACCAAUCGUGAUGCUGAGAAAAAAGAGACAGACGGGAAAAAGGAUACAAAGAAGGAGGAAAAGAAGGAAGAAGAGAAGAAAGGCGAAGAGAAGGCAAAAGCUAAAAGUCAGUGAUCAGAGCAUUUCUGAGUUGCGAGACUGAGACUGUUAAAGUUGAGGACAAUUAAUGACUCUGUGUGUAAUAGUCAAGCCUGUUCACUAUUUGUACAGAAUUACAUCCCUCACAUAUAAAUAUUGACAAUUUAAAUAUGAAUGAGAAAUAGCAAUUUAAUUCCCGAACUGUUUCGGCAUAAUACUGUGAAUUUUUAAUAUAUUAGGCACAAGAGAGAAAAAAAAAAUAAAAUAACAACUUUACACUUCUGUGUGUAUUUUGAAUGUAAUGAAUGCUGCAGUAAAUAUACCGAGAACUUUAUAGGAUUAAGACAUUUUUACAGAAUAUUGUAAGCAUUACAAUAUUUUUAGUGUUUUAAUUAACAAUCCGUUAAUACAAACAAUAGUAUUCUAUACGAGGCACAAUUAUUUAUUUUUUUGCAGUUCCAUCCAUUACUUAACUAGUAACAAGUAAUCAAUGUACUUUUUCAAAUUGCUUCAGGUGCUUAAAAAUUAAGUUUCAAUUAACAUGUGUGAUAGAUAUAGAUAAUGUAUUUUUUAGGGAAUACAAGUCAUUCUAUUAAAAGAAAAUAUUGCAUUAAUAUAUAAAAUAAUCUUUUAAUAAUACUCUUUUAUUAAGUUAUCAUUGAUAUAGAAAUGCUUUUUUAUUUAUACUCUUUAAAAGAAUUAUAUACAAAAACGCAUUAUCUGCGUGAUCUUUAUAUUUGUACAACUUGUGCAUGUUCAAACGAAAUAUAUAUAAAUGAGUCAUUUUUAACAUAACCACUUCAAAACUAAAUACAUUUUUAUGAAAUUUGUAUAGGCGACAUGUAUAAAAUGUGCAGUUUUUAAUUACUUAUAUCUUAAUAUUGAAGUAAUCAAAUAAAAUACGUGAUAGCUGAA